UGUUCAUCAUGCCUGAGCCGGCCAAGUCCGUUCCCGCCCCGAAGAAGGGCUCCAAGAAAGCGGUGACCAAAGCCCAGAAGAAAGAUGGCAAGAAGCGGAAGCGCAGCCGCAAGGAGAGCUAUUCUGUGUACGUGUACAAGGUCCUGAAGCAGGUCCACCCGGACACUGGCAUCUCGUCCAAGGCCAUGGGCAUCAUGAACUCCUUCGUCAAUGACAUCUUCGAGCGCAUCGCGGGCGAGGCGUCGCGCCUGGCACAUUACAACAAGCGCUCGACCAUCACGUCCAGGGAGAUCCAGACGGCCGUGCGCCUGCUGCUGCCUGGGGAGCUGGCCAAGCACGCCGUGUCCGAGGGCACCAAGGCUGUCACCAAGUACACCAGCUCCAAGUGACCCCAGCAAAAAAGUACUUUUCGUGGUUAGUCUCAAAGGCUCUUUUAAGAGCCACCCACUUUUUCAGCACAGGAGCUGUAAUGAUUCGUCUCUAAUAUAACUGCAAUA